GGCGGCGGUUUGCAGCAGCGCAAGGCAGGCUUGGGCAAGAUGGUGAAGAAGGACCACUCCAAGGAUGUGGUUACUCGCGAGUACACCAUCAACCUGCACAAGCGUCUGAACAGCACAUCCUUCAAGAAGCGGGCACCCAAAGCGAUCAAGGAGAUCAAGAAGUUCGCAGCAAAGCACAUGAAGACAAAGGAUGUCAGAAUAGACGUCAAGCUGAACAAGGCUGUGUGGGCAAAGGGAAUCAAGAAGGUGCCGACAAAGUUGCGCAUCCAGAUUUCCAGGAGGAGGAAUGAUGACGAGGAUGCUCAGGAGGACAUGUACUCCUACGUGACAUACUCGGACGAUCAGAUCACAAAGGGCAAGGGCACAGCCAUUGUGGAGGCUUGAUCUGCCGACAUGAUGUCACUGUUUGUCCUCUGUGGUUCCUUCUGCACUCUGUGAGAGCGGGCAUCUGCCAAGUGUGUCCGUAGAUCGUGUACUUUUAAGAAAAAUCAGUCAUUUGGGACGAAUCCCAUCCCAUCCAAAGUUUCAAGGAUGUGCAUAAUGUUGCCAAUUGUAAUACUGGUGGCUAUCUAUUGAAGAAUUUGGAUACAUCUGACAUUGUGGAAAAUGUCAGCUUGUGCGCAGCUGGUCUCAUGGCGGCCUGUAUACCCAUCUGUCGUCAACUUCUUCCUAGCAUUAAAAAAUGAAUUGGAUUUCAUCCAAUUGGAGUUCAAACAAACAGAAUGUUCCUUAAGGCAUGCUCAAGGACGCUGUAGGCUCCUGCUGUCAAGACACCGCCUGGAUCUGAAGGCUGUGAAGAUUGCGGAGGAAGGCCUGCAGCUCGCCAAGCUACAUGCCCAUCCCGUCGCACCAAGAUAGCACCACCUUCUGUUACCUGCGAGCCCAAUU